AAGAGGCAAUUAAAAUAAAAUAAAACCCUAGACUGAAAAUCUUAACUCCUGAGCCUGUCCACCCCUAUUAUAAACCCUAGCUUUCUCUCUCUUCCGCGUUCUUCAUCACUCGGACGUAUCUCGAUCAACCCAGAGGUAAAUCAUGGUUAAGCACAACAAUGUUAUCCCUAAUGGGCACUUUAAGAAGCACUGGCAGAAUUAUGUCAAGACAUGGUUUAACCAGCCUGCCCGCAAGACCAGAAGACGUGUUGCAAGACAAAAGAAGGCGGUGAAGAUCUUUCCACGACCUACAUCUGGUCCACUUCGUCCCGUUGUUCAUGGUCAAACCUUGAAAUACAACAUGAAGGUUAGGGCUGGCAGGGGAUUCUCUCUUGUAGAGCUCAAGUCAGCUGGUAUCCCAGAGAAGCUUGCCCCAACCAUUGGUAUCUCAGUUGAUCAUCGUCGCAGGAACAGUUCCUUGGAGGGUCUCCAAACUAACGUUCAAAGAUUGAAGACAUACAAGGCUAAGCUUGUAGUCUUCCCAAGACGUGCUGGUAAAAUCAAGGCCGGUGAUUCUACACCCGAGGAGCUAGCGACUGCAACCCAGGUCACAGGAUCUUUCAUGCCCAUCGUUCGUGAGAGGCCAGCAUUUGAUCUUGUGAAGGUUACCGACGAGAUGAAAUCAGUAAAAGGUUAUGCCAAACUUCGAUUAGAGAGGAUGAAUGCCAAACAUGUUGGUGUUAGAGCAAAGAGGGCUGCUGAGGCUGAGAAGGAAGAGAAGAAAUAAGGUAAUCAAUCAAAGGUUCGGCAUUUUGGACCAUGUAAGGGUAUAGUUUAACUUGUGAGGAUGUGAUUCUGAGGCUGCGUUUAUAUUUUCCAAUAGAGAAUGUUUUUUUAACUUUUGAGGCAAAUUUUAGUCCCAUCUUUUUUGUUGCGUAUCCGAAUUAACGUGGAACAAAUGCCCAUGAAUGACACUUGUUUUUCCUUUGAGAGUUUCUCAGGCACAUCAUGUAGUGUACUUUUUGUUUACAUCGUAGUCUCUUCUUUCCC